GGGAGUGGGCUCAUUUGUGUAUCCACAUCGGCCCGGCCCAUCUCGAGUCCGCGGCUUUCCCGCUUCCGAACCCCAAAAUCCGAAACCUAGCGCAGGCGGGCGAGCGAACGAGCAUGGGGUCGAGAUAAGAGGAAAAGAGGGAGUGAGUUCUUCCCAUAAACUUCUCCAGCUCCUGAGGGGCUCCUCGAAAAAGCGACAGAAGAGUAGUGCUGUACCUGAUUCUGGACGAAUGGCUCAAGCUGCAAGGCUGAAUCUCAGAAUGCAGAAGGAGCUCAAGCUCUUAACAACUGACCCACCUCCUGGGGUCUCCCUUCCUCAAAUUUCAGCUAAUGAGAACCUUUCAUCUUCCUCUUUGUCAAGCUUCGAGGCCCGGAUUGAAGGACCUGAAGGAACUGUCUACUCUAAAGGGGUUUUUACUCUCAAGAUACAAAUUCCUGAAAGAUAUCCUUUCCAACCACCAAAUGUGACUUUUGUUACACCCAUUUACCAUCCCAAUAUAGAUAAUGGAGGCCGGAUCUGCCUUGAUAUCCUCAAUUUGCCACCAAAGGGAGCAUGGCAACCAUCCCUGAACAUUUCAACAGUUUUAACAAGUAUUGGCUUGUUAUUGAGUGAGCCCAACCCAGAUGAUGGCCUCAUGGCUGAAACUAGCAGGGAGUACAAAUACAACAGACAAGCUUUUGACCAAAAAGCCCGAUUCUGGGCUGAGAAGUAUGCAAAUCAAGGAACUAGUGGAAGGAUCAAUACUUGUGGCAUGUCCAUGCCAAAGAUGGAAGUUGAGAGGACAGAGGUCUUUACAGAAGAUGUAGCCAAUGAGAAUGAGGGGGGCCAGAAGAGACUUCGGUUGACUGGUGAAAAGUUCUCACUAAAAUCAAGAACAUCAGUUAAAGAGAACCAAAAUGAUAAGGGGAAUGUGGCACCUCCUCGACGACUAUCAAUAUCAAGCUCUCAAAAUUCUCUUGUGGGCUCAUCUAAUGCUUCAGUGUCCCCACAUGCUACAACAAUUCAUACUUGUCACAAUGCUGAGAAGGCUUUGAAUGUAAAUCACCAGCAGAUGAAGGAAGGCCCAAAGAUCGUGGAGACAAUUAUUGUUGCAGAUAGUGAAGAGAGUGAUGAUGAGGGUGGCAGACAUUCAAGAUCAAGACUGUCUCUUAAGCGGAAGUAAAUAGCAGGAAAAUGGAGUGACCGACCAGAGAAAUUUCAAUUAGGUCCAUGAUUUUCCACUGGGACUGGUGCUGUCCUCUAAAUAUCAAGUCACACAUGUACAAACUCUGGAAUUUUUCAUUCUGUUCAGUCUGGUUACUAUCUGUUUUUUGCUAAAGAUCAAUGAUCACAAUGUGAAAAAAUUGAGACUAGCUAUAGACUUCAGAGACAUGAUAUGGAUCAGAAAUUUCUUGUAUUCUGGAGUCGUUGACAGGUUGCCUUGUUAUACAGUCCUAAAUGAUUCAUGUCA